AAUAGUAACUUAGAACAAACUUGCAAAACAUUGUCAAUGGCUAAGCUUAGGAGUAGCAGCAAGAAGAAGAAUGGAAUUGUGAAGCUCAAGAUUAUUGUAGAGAAGCUGCACAAGGGUCUUUUUUUAGGAAGGAAAUGGAACUCGUUUAACGACGAACGUGAUGAAAUUCAUGACUCCACCUAUGUGCCUGAAGAUGUAAAAAAAGGACAUUUUGCUGUGGUUGCGGAGUAUGGUAAGGAACCAAGGAGAUUUGUGGUUCCAUUGAGUUAUUUGACACAUCCGAAGUUUUUAAUGCUAUUGGAGCAAGCAGCAGAGGAGUAUGGAUUCAAUCGCGAGGGAGCCCUGACAAUUCCUUGCCGUCCAAGUGAGCUUGAGAGGAUAUUAGCCGAGCAAUGGCAAGAAGCGGACUCAAAUGCUAAUGUCAACUGGGGUGCCUGUGAAGCCACGAUACAAAGCUAUCGAAACAGAAAAGGAGCUACAGGCUUCGAUAUUAAUAUAUAUAGCUUGAUGAAUUUUCCACCCCCUAGUAGUUAUUGAUCUUCCUUGUAGACUCCGUGAAUUGUUUUCUGAUCAUCUCCUUUUUCAAUUCAUGUUUUGUACUAAUUCUAUCGGGGCAACUAAAUGAAAUAAUUAAAAGAGAAAAUCUUGCUUAUUUGCAGUCGUUCCUCAUUAGGAAAGCAGUGCUUCUCGUCACAGGCAAUUGCUGUAGAGCAAGUAAGUACAUAUUCAUAAUUUCUUUGGCCAAAAAAACAAAAGGUAGGUCGAUCCAUAGUUUUCCUUGGUAUUUCUGUUCAAACAGAUAAAUCAGCAGCACAUUUGGGCAUUGACUAGCUAACAGCUUUUGAACAGUCACCUGAAGAAAAGUACAUUGAGUAAAAGUACCUAAGAAGCGAAAAAGUUGGAUCUUUGCUCUUUCAACUUUGUAAUG